ACUAUUUCGAGUGCCGAUGCGCAGUGAAGAAGCACGUUCGUUCCGGUUAGUGGAAAAAAAAAAUCAUAAUUCGUUCUUACUUUAUCGUCUUUAUUCUCAGGUGUAAUUUCGCCGAUAUUUUGUCGGUCAUUCCUCAAGGCAGCGUUGGAUUCGUGCUCACAUUACUCCGGCUGUGGAACAGGCGUUAAACUUAGCUCCAGGGAUUUUUAGACUAUGAUCAAGUGGCUGGGUGAACGUUGAAUAUCUUUUACCCACCGAUAUUGGGACGACUUCUAUUCUCAUGAAACAAUCAGAUCAGACUAAGGCAAACCAUGUCUGUAAACAUCAACACCACACCCUUCAGCAGUGAUGACUCUGAGACAGGAGGCUACGAUGGCACCCAUCCUGCACUUCUGACAAUCUACAUCUUAAUCGCCUUGCUAGGAGUCAUCGGGAAUGGUCUUGUCAUCUUCGUCCUUUUCCGUGUUCCGUCUCUACGGUCCUUUACCAACGUCCUCAUAUCCAACCAAUCCGUCAUAGACUUCACAAGUAGCAUCUUCUUCUUCUUUCUUUACGUAACACCGAGACCAAAGUUGCCCGUCCAGCCGCAAUUCGCGAUGUUCGUAUGCAAGUUCUGGUACUCUGAAUAUCCCCUGUGGGCCAUCUCAGUGGCGUCUACGGUCAAUCUGGUGUGUCUGACUGUUGAACGGUACUUUGCUGUGAUCCAUCCUCUCAAAUACAGGAAUCGAUUCACCAUCAAGCGGGCGAGGUUACUAUGCUUGUUGCCUUGGAUAAUCGGUCUUCUGCAUGAGAUACCAUGGAUGAUGGUCCACCAGAUAACCGGUGGCCUCUAUCUUGAUGAAAACAAUAAUACCAUAGACACCCGUGGUUGCUGGCCCACGUGGCCAGAGGAACCUGUAGGCUUGCAGAAGGCAUUUGGUUGCAUCGUCUUUAUUGAUCACUACUUGGUGCCUUUGUCCAUCAUGAUGUAUGUUUACAUUCGCAUCGUGGUUCGUCUCCGGGCAGACAUGCCAAGCUUACGAAUGGGGAUAUCAUCUUCCAAUGUUACCGCAUCAAGGAGAGAGAAUAAAGAUGGAAGUGAUGUGCAAAAAUCAUCCAGUGUAAAACUCCCUUCGCAACCUCGGCGCCGGUUCGCCAUCAUGGCCUCGCGGAGUGUCCUCAAAACCAUGGUCAUCGUAUCUUUAGCUUACCUGAUCUGUUGGGGGCCCAAUGAGGUCCUCUACCUAGUUUUCAACCUCGGGGUCCCCGUUGACUUUACAAGCGUAUACUAUUACACAACUGUUCUUUUUGUACUGUGCAAUAUGUGUUUAAAUCCGAUCAUUUAUGCUUUUCAUUACGGAGAGUUACGGCGGGGUGUCAUAUUGGCAUGUCACUGUUGCGCAAGGAAGAUACCGGUCUCAUCAAGAACGACCAUGCAAAGUCGAAGUUACAGUUUAAAUGCAAAUGGAAGCAGUAAUGAUGCAUAUGAACAGUCUCAUAAUAACAAGGUCUGAUGCGACUAACGUCAGUCUAUGCCUUACUGGAACUCUAUAUAUGCCAAAGUCCCCUAUCUUUCGAUUCAGUUCGUACCAAUGCUUUUGUAAUGGAUAAUGAACUUAUAAGAACCAUCGCUUAUUCCAUUGCAAAUUUGUAAGUUGAAUCAAGGAAAAAUCAUAUUAACAUCAUGUCUAAUCACUGUAUAUCUUCUGAACACGUAAUUGCUUUUUUCAUAUUUUUAAUGUUAAAUUUGUAAAAGCGGACUUCUGAUUACUUUUCUAAUGUAAAAGAAUCAGUCUGAACCCCUGAACGCAAUUGUGAAAACUUGAAACAUGAAUACAAUGUGUCUAGACCGACGAGACAAUGGGUCAGAUGCAUAAAAAAGUAGCAAUUGCUUCAAGCACACGCAAUAGCUAUAGCCAAGCAAAAGAUCAUGCUUCAGCAAUUGCUUUAAUUCAUACGCAUAACCCUUUGCUAGUGCUUGUAGUAGGCGGCAAGUAGUAAGAAUUCCAAAAAUUUUCUGUAGAAUCUGAUUUUUUGUGCUUAUCCCCCUAUUUUUAGGGUGCUGAAUACGAAUCUGCUUGUUGCCAAAUUUAUAAAUGCCGUCUUCGACCGUUGCCAUGGCAACAGAUUAAUUUCUCAAAAAUGUUAUGUAUUCCCCUGUAAAUGGUAGAAAAACAUGAUAUAAAUUAGCCAAUAGAUUGAUUUCAGGGUUCCAAUCAAAUACAAAUGAAAUUCAAAAAUAUUUAAGAUCAUCAAAUUGGUUCCAAUUGGCCCGUUGUCAUGGUAACGGCUCAUUUUUCCUCCAGAAAAGUAAAAAAUGUGAUUUAAAGUUGUAGAAUCUGUUUUUUGUUUCAUUUUCCCUGCGUUUAGGGUGUUAAACAUAGGAGUGGUUUUUGCUUAAUGUAUAAAUACACUCUCAUUCCAUUGCCAUGGCAACCAAAUAAUACCUAAUUUGGUAAAAAAAGGAAAUAACAUGGUAAAAAAAGACAAUGGUGAGAAAUACAAUAAAAGCGACCUACAUGUAAUCUACUUGCGUUGGGUUUUUCCCACUCAUUUAGAAUAAAAACUACAUAAGUGUUAUGCAUGAGUUUAUUGGAAUGAUAGGAAUUGAUGUUGCCUUGAGAAUGCUUGAAUUUAAAGAUAAAUAUCAAUAUUGCAAAUGGCCCGUUGCCAUGGUAACAUCUUAUUUUUCUCAGAAAAGAACAAAUUUUGAUAAAAACAUAUAGAGUCACAUUUUUUUCGUUCAUUUCCGCUGAGUUUAGGUUGCUAAAAAUAAAUAUGCUUGUUGGUAAAUAUGUAAGUACCAUCUCAGACCAUUGCCAUGGCAACCAAAUGCCAACUUAUUUGGUAAAAAAUAACAUGUUGAAAAAGGUAAUGGUGGGAUGUACAGUAAAAACGAACUAAUCUACAUGACCAAAACCAAAAACAAAACCAAAAUUACGUAAUUAUUCUGCAUGAAUUCAUUAGAAUGAUAAAAAUUGAUGUUCCCUUGGGAAUGCUUGAUUUUAUUAAUAAAUAUCAAUGUUGCAAAUU